ACAUUGUAAGCACAUACACACAUGCAUGCUGACUUACACUAUAUACAUACAUGUGUAUCUACAAAGUACAUUAUAAUGAAUAAGAUGUAUACACAUCCUAAAUUUACACACAAGACAUACAUUCAGGAGUACAUACAUAUAUCCAUGUACUAUUUUCAGAAUAUUUAGGCUUUACUGGGCAGUUGAGUGUGACAUCUGAGGUUUGCAAUUGAUAUCUGCUGCAAAGGCAAUUUUUUCUUGAAGGGAAUAUAUAGAUAAGAGAAAUUUGUUAUAUUUGUACAAAGUUUUUAAAGUUCUAAACAAGAUUAAUUCUGCUACCUUUACAGAAAAAAUAAAAAGAGAGAAAAAUUUACAAAAUUGCAGAUUGCAAAAGUGCCAGAUUUAAUAAUAGAAAGAAAGGAGAACAAGAGAUGGUUAGACAGGUAAAAGCACCAUAGAUGGAGGAUAUUAGAAAUUUUGUGGUGCUGCCAUCAUGCCAAAGUCUUCAGUUUUUGUGAGAUUGAACUGGCCAUCAAAGAACAGUGAGACGUCUCAAGAUGAAGUCGAAUUGUCUCCGUGUCAAGAUGUUUCCAAGACCCUUCCCCUGCAUGCUGAAAGGGAGGCAGUGGAAGAGUGUCAGAAGGGAGACAAGCCAGUACAGUCAGCUAGUCCUUUAUCAUGUGAAGAUAUUGCAGGCAAAGACUCUAAACAAAUAGCUCAGGGAAUUAAGCUCAAGGGACAGUCAUCAGAGAAGGAAAAAUUGGUUAAGCCUCCAGGUAGUGGUUCAGUAAAAGUGCUUUCAAAGUGUAAUACAGAGCAUAAUGAGGCUCCUUCCAGUAGUAAAGUGGGCACACCCAUACUUGAUACAAGUCAUAGUUUAGACUCCCCACUAUGGUCUGGAACAAAAAGAGGGGAACUUAGUGAAAAUAAAGGUGCUGAAACCCCUUCUGGGUUGCAGAAUAAGACAUCUGGAGGCUCUGUUAAGGAAGGAAAUGGGAAUGGUAAAACACACAAGCCUAAAACCAAGCCAAAACCCAGGAGCUUGGGCAAAGGGCGGAAAAUUACAAGAUCUCUAAGUGCUUCUUGCGUCAGUGUCAGCACAAACACUGAUCCCAGGGAUUUCUUAGAGUUAGCAAGUGUUGCAAGUGCUACACUUCCAUCAAGAAGACGUUUGAAAGAGCCCACUGAAGCGCCUCUUGGAGAAUCAGAAAAAGUAUCACAGGACACUACUUCAACUCUGGAAACCACCACAAAGGAUGAAAACUCUCAGAGUAAGGAGAUGAGUCAAGGUAAUGUGGAAGACUUGUCAAAGGAAUCAAAUAAGAAACAAAGUCCUGAACUUCAAAACCAAAAACCAAAUGCAGACAUCCAGGUUCUGAGAACAGAAAAGCAUGAAGAGGAGGAAUCUAAAGAUGGAAACACUAAAAACCAAAGUAAAACUGAUACCAUCUCUCCAAAGAAAGAUAAUAAUGAAGAAGCUGAGCAGAUUGCUGAUAUUGACUUGGAAAAAGGUUACAUAGAACUACCUAGUUAUGUGCCCAAAGAACCUGCCAAAAAGUGUGUAUUGCCAGAUGAUAGUAAUUCUGUGUCUUUACUGCCUCUCCACCACACAAGAACUGUUGAGGAAAUGUGUAACUCAGAAUAUUUGCAUCCAAGUUAUUUUUACAAAAACUCCCCUCAAGUCACGAGUAAUAUGGUAACUGAAGAACCAAUAAAGUGCAAUUCCCCAGAGCUGGUCAGAGACGACAAAAUUCCCAUUGGAGUAACUCCUCCUCCAGACCCCUGUGUUGUACCACUUUCAGUUUAUCCAACAGACUUUACUAAUAUUCCACCAGUUGUGCUGCCUUCAUAUAAUCAGGUGAACUUUGUUAAACCAACAUUCCAACCACCAGAUGUUCAAGAGGAGAAAUUUGAUCUUCUCUAUCCAUCGUUGGUAGACAGUGAUUGUACAGCUCUUUACAAUGGGCUAGGGAGAAGUUACCCAAACCAGAGAGUAGCUGGCCCAGUUGGUGAAUAUGAUAAUUUUGCUUAUCCAAUGCACUGGUCACCAUUACCUGGAAGAGCGGCUUCACCUCAAAGAAGGCAGAAACUCGAUAAAGAUAUAUCAGUUGAGUCCUGUCCUGAUGUUGUUCUGCAGACUUUGGAAAGUGAGGGGUCACUCCAACAGAAUAAGCCUGUGAAGAAGACGGUAACAUUUCUGCUGCCACCUGAGCACUGGGAUUCUCUUAUCUCACUGAGAGAAAGUAACAUUGGUGGGUAUCCUCAAAGUGGUUACGCAGAAUUAGAUGGCGCGCUCCUGCCACCAAAUGGGCAAGAUCCUUACCGCAACACUCCAUCACCAGGACUUCAUGGUCUCCCACAAGACCGAUAUGAUGGUGGCCUUGAAGGGGAAGGCCAUGCGGGGGAUUACCCUGAAGAUGGCAGGUAUCCUGCAGCUGAAAGUGCCAUGGUAUACCCUCCUGAAGGGGUUGUAUAUGGGCGGCUUUUAGGGGCCCCUCGCUCGCCAUACACCAUCAACGGUAGUGUCGGGGCGAGUGCCGAGCCUCUUUUGCCCUCACCUGGCAUGUACGACGAGGAACCCCCUCACGUGCAGCACCCCGCACCUCUCCCGCACAUGUCACCACCAACCCCCUCACUUCCACCUCCACCAAUCCAAAACCACGACAAUUAUGCACAUCCCAAUCUGCUGCGGUCCCCCUCUGCAGACAGCGGUGCGCCCAGAGUUCGGUGGCGAGACCCAGACCUUCACGAAGUAAUAGAUUUCCUGAGCAACCCUAACAAUGUAGUGAAAGCCAAUGCAGCAGCCUAUCUCCAACACCUGUGCUACAUGGACGACCCAACUAAACAGAAGACCCGCAUUCUGGGCGGCAUCCCUCCCCUAGUGGCCCUCCUCACUCAUGACCUUCCUGAACUACACCGUAAUGCUUGUGGAGCGCUACGGAAUCUGUCAUAUGGACGGCAGAAUGAUGAGAACAAGAGAGCCAUCCGAGAUGCCUCUGGCAUUCCCUCACUAGUCAGGCUUUUACGGAAAACUCCAGACAACGAAGUGAAAGAGCUAGUAACAGGCAUUCUCUGGAACUUGUCUUCUUGUGAAGAUUUGAAGCAUAACAUUAUAGAUGAUGCUCUGACUGUUAUCGUGAGUCAUGUGAUCAUCCCUUGCUCGGGCUGGGAUGGCGGGGACGUUGAACGGGAUCCCAAUGUGGAUGUGUGGUGGUCUACUGUUUUUAAAAAUGCGUCGGGUGUUUUAAGGAAUAUAAGUUCUGCUGGAGAAUAUGCGCGAACGAAAUUACGUCAGUGUAACGGUCUAGUGGACUCGCUACUCACGGUUAUUAAGUCUGCCAUCCAGGGAUCUUCCCACGAUAACAAGAGUGUGGAGAACUGUGUUUGCAUCCUGCGGAAUCUUUCCUAUCGCUGUCAGGAAGUCGAGGACCCCAACUACGACAAGAACCAGCCUCCAACUCAGUCUCGGGCCACAGCCACAGCGAAGGACGGAGAAGGGGAAGGGACGGACACAUGUGGUAGGUCUUCGGAGCCCAAGGACAACCUGUGUGAUAAUCUCGGAUGCUUUGGAGGAAGCAGAAAGAAGAAGGAGGCAGUGGGCGGGGCAGUGAAGGAGACAAGCACGGGACAGCGGACCACAGGGCCUCGCACCGAGCCUCUGCGGGGCAUGGAGCUCCUCUGGCAACCUGAGGUAGUGGUGAGUUCGUACCUAGCGCUUCUCUCCGACUGUAGUAAUCCUGAGACCCUAGAGGCAGCUGCUGGAGCUCUGCAGAACCUUGCUGCAUGCUAUUGGCAGCCAAGUAUAGAUGUAAGAGCUGCAGUCAGAAAAGAAAAAGGAUUACCCAUACUAGUAGAACUUCUUAGGAUGGAAGUAGACCGGGUGGUGUGUGCGGUGGCCACAGCCCUCCGCAACUUGGCCAUAGAUCAAAGGAACAAAGAACUGAUAGGAAAAUAUGCUAUGAGAGAUUUGGUUCAAAAAUUGCCAUCGGGAAACACCCACGACAGUGGGACGAGCGAUGAGACCAUUGCCGCUGUUUUAGCCACCUUGAAUGAAGUAAUUAAGAAGAGUGCGGAAUUUUCACGUUCGUUGCUAGAUGUAGGUGGUGUCGAGAGGCUGGUUAACAUGACCCGGCAUCGUGGACGCUAUUCAGUUAGAGUUGUCAAGUUUGCCUCACAGGUGCUGUUUUCAAUGUGGGGACACCAAGAGUUACGAGAGGUCUAUAAAAAGGCAGGCUGGAAGGAGCAGGACUUUGUAAGCAAGAGUGUAGCUGCUCGUAAUGCGGCAGGUGGCGGUGCUAACUCUCCAACUGCCAAUAAUACACUAAAUCGUCCAAUGGCCUCGCAGGGGGGAACCCGUUACGAAGACAGGACGAUCCAGCGGGGGCAAGGAAAGGCCCACCACCAGUAUAAUCGGGGAGAAGAGGUGCCGAUGGCGAACAUGGGUUACAGUGGCGAUGGGGGUGUAGUUCCUCCUGCAGGCGGGGUAAGACUGUAUCCACCCAUGCAGGGUAAGCCUGGUGAACCAGUCUACGCUAAGGUGAACAGAGACAAGAAACGCAACCGACAGUAUGACAGCAUGGGCCCCCAGUAUGGAACGCUGGGGGGAGCUGAUGACUGGGGUGGACCCGUUUACUCUGGAUCUCCAGCGGCCUCUCCCAACUUCAACAACAGCCCUAGCAUGAACAACAACAACAGCAAUGCGAACAAUAACAACAACAAUGGCAUCCUGCUAGAAAAUGCAGCGGAUGGCCAGGCUGGAGAUUCGUGGGUGUGAAGAGUGAAGCUCACAAGCUGAGGGCGCACUUGCUGUUCACCAUAUCGAGGAGGAGGACAUGGGGAGCCGAAGCCCGACUUGGAGUAUGUCCUGCUGCACGCUUCUUACCCUCCCAGGAGAUGCCACACAAGAUGACAAGAGGAUGAUGUUCAAUACUGGAGGGGACUGCCAAUUUAUUGUCCUGUAACUAUGUGACAAAAAAUAUAAAACCAAAAAAAAGCAAAAAAAAUUAAAAGUUGCUAAGGGUAAUAAUGAUUAUUACAUUAUUUCAUCUUUUAUGGUGGUUCAAAAAGUGGACUUUUGAGUCUUGACUGCUGAUGUUUUGUCUGUUAUAUUGAUGUUGACACUCGUUGUGCAUGUUAUGUGAACACUAGUUAGUGACAAACUCAGUUCUGUUAAACUUCUUAUAUGAUGUAUGACAUGGGGGAAGAAGGCAAAGCUCAAUUUGAUAAGCAACUUAUAUAUUUUAUAGAAGCACACAGAUGGUGCCAAGAAACUUUAUUACUUUGAUAUCUUGUAAAGACAAUAUUCUGUCUCCCGUUACUCAAGGAGAGAGUUUAUACAGCCAGUUAACAGACCCAUUAACUGGUGAAUGGUUAGAGCAGGCGUUGCUUGUCUGUGCUCUUUGUAGACACUUCAUUUUCUACCAUUUCAUAUUUGACAAUCCAAAGUGUGACCAAUGUGUAUUGUGAGGAUUCUACCUGUGAGCUCUUAGUGUGGUUAUGCACACCAUAGUCUGGACAUUAGAGGUGUGACUGAAAGCUGCUUUGUGGCACAGCAUGAAGGCUAGAAUAUGGCAAGGAUAGCUUUGCCAGCACAAAUGUUGACAAGUGAGAAGUGCUGGUUCACAGUAACUGAACCAGCCUUGCGUGUGCCAGGUUAUUAUUAUGGAUGGACGGGUUGAGGAUUGCAUGUGAGGCUUUGGUGCAGAUAAUGUUAUUUGUGACAUAUUUUCUCCACAAGCGCACCACUCUUGGUCAUAUUUAAUAACAUUUUAGUGCAUAGGUUGUUUCUUGAGUAUAGUUUAAUAUUAUUGUAUUGCCGUGCCUCCUGCCGGUCCUAGGAGUCUGAUGCUUUGUAGAAGGUCAGUGUAACCUUAACAAGACCUUCUCCAAAUACCUUUCUACCUCCCUAAUUUCUUCCAGGUUCCCAAACACUUCUCCCUGGUAGGAACAAGCAGCUAGACGAUCUAGUUCCUUCAACCUUUCACUGAGGAAAUUUUGCUUUGUAUGAUACACAGUCGUAUAGGUUUUAUAAUUCCAAACAUUUUAUAAUGUGCACGGGGUCGGCUGAUUUUUAAGUAGCUACUGUGCUGUCGUGCUUGUGUAAUAUAUCUUGUAUGAUGAAUGGUCAUAAAUAAAGCAAGACUUGUUCUUAAGAAGGCACUUCAUCCUGAAUGGAUUGAUUGUGAUCAAUUUAGAAAUUACUUAACCCAUGUCUCAAAACUGCUUUAUAUGGUAAGCCUUUUUCUGACUUAUGUUAUUUUUUUCUCAAUUGAAAUUUUUAUCAGACUUGCACGUGCAAUAUUGCAUACUUUUCCAGUGUUGAUUAUUGGUAGCUGAAAUGACACUAGCCAGACUGUGUGAUCCCGGAUCCCAGGAACCUUCCCUGCUAGGGUACCCUACAGUCCAUAUGACAAACUCAGGCUGCUAUGACUUUAGGAGCUAUCAAAAUUAUAAUUUGGCCAGUCUUUUGGUAAACUGUGUUUAGCCUAAAUUUGAAAGUAUUAGAAAAUAUGUCUUUUGAUGUCCAAAAGUCAGAGCAGCUCUGAGCAGCUCACUUUAGGCUGUCUCACAUUCCAGGAGUAGUUUAGGUGAUGCACACUCCAGUUCAGAGAAGUAACUGUUGACAUUGGGAAUUUGCAUUGAAGUUACAUUGAAGUACUGUGUUAUUGUGGCAAUAGGCAGCAGCAGGACAUGGGCAGCAGCUAUGAGAGGUUGUGUUUCACUGUCUCAUCGUUAAGCUCUGUACCUAUGUCUGUUUCGGGAGUCGUGAGUAAAAGUGUUGGAUGUACAGGAAGAGGUGCAGAGGCCUAAUCCUGCUGCCCUAAAUGGGUGGUGUCUGCACCCACCAGAAAGCUCAUGACACCCACACCUGGCAGCUCAAAAUGGGUGGUUCUGCUUGGCCAAAAGCCACCUUGAUCGCAAGGAAAUUUCUGACAUAUUUGUGUAUACUUUUAUUAGCAAAUUUUAGCAGCAGUGUAGUACAGUUCAUGUUGGACCAUAUAGCUGGGAAACCCAGUUGGAAUAUGGGGUCGCAAUGUACCAGUAGACAUCCCAACUUAUUUUAGACAUUUUUGAUGUUCAUUAUAAACAAACUUUUUGUACACUAAACAUUUUCCUUCCAUGUCCUGUGUAGGGUCUGCUGUUACACUUAUAAGCAUUUAUUUUUGUUUGGCAGCUUAUUGCAUUUUGCAAAUGAAAUGGCAGUGACAAAAAAUGUUAUUGUUAUGCAUAAUUCGCACAGAUUCAUGUUUCUGUCUUGCCUUAAUGGUUGCUUAUGUUUAUUAUGUUGGUUAAUAUAUGCCUUAUUUUAUUUUCACAUGAGUAUUCAGUAACAAAGGAUUUCUAGCAAAUGAUAUUGUAUUGGGUAUUUAUACAAUAAACUGAUAAAGUUGA